AAUAUUUUGCCGUUUGCAAACCUAGCUACCUCGCUAUUUCAUUUUCAUUCUUGCCUCUUGUUUCCUCUCUUAGUUACAUUGGAAUUUAGUUUUCAUUCCUCCUUCUCUCAUGCCUUAAAAACUUAGCCAUUGCCUACUUUUUGUACUUUUUGCCACUGAUGAGGACUGCAGAGCUGUCGAAACGUUUGGCCAAAAAAGUUUUCUGACUAGUGUUAGUAGAUAGAAUUCAUAGAGAAUGCAAUAUCCUAGUCAACCAAGUAUACUUACAGUUAAUGUUUUCUUGCAGCCCACAAUAGAUGUUUUAUACAUGCUGAUGAAUUCAGUUCGGCAACUAAAGGUAGCAUUAAUGCCGGAAGCUCAGGAAGGUUUUGAGGAUCACUCUGUGAGGCAAAGCUCUGGAGUUAAUGUGUUCCUUGGUUCUGUAUGUCUUGAAGUACCACAGUUUUUGUCAACACUGGUGGAGAAGCUAUGUAUGAAGGCAUUUCUGUCUUGGAGUUUGCUUCCUAAGCAUGAAGACGAGGGAAUAGUUUCACAAGAUAUUCUUGUCUGCGGCAAGUUUAAGGAGCUAGUGACCCUACUGCAUUCUGCGGGACUGUUUGACACAUUAAUGGCUUUUCCGUUAAAGCAAUUUGUUCAAAAACAGCGUGAGCUGUUUAGUUUUCAUGUGGUGCGACAUAUCCUGCAGAGUGGAGACUUGAUGUGCAAGAUCGACCUGAAUUAGGCGCAUUUUGUGAUAGCUGUUUGCAGAGAGCACUUGCCUCUUUUGUGUUUCAUUUGGUGUUCACAGAUGUAUCAGUUUUCCGUCAGUUUUGUGUAGCAUCAAAGGUCCUGCGACCUGUAGAGGUUUCUGUAGGAGUGAGGUGUAUAUAUUUGGCGACGGGAGCGAGUCAACCUAGUCAUUGCAACAGGCCGGAGAUAUGACACAUACCAUAAUGUUCUACGUGACUCUAGAUAACGGCCAAGUCCAAUUCAAAAUGAAAAGCACUGACGCGCACGCGUGAGUAAACGCAUGCGCCGUACCACUAAUUGAUGGGCUGGGUUUAGUUUAGCUGUUAUUCGUGGUCUUUUGCCAGCUCCCGCAGAGUCUGACGCGGGCUAACUACACUAUUAGAUAGCAUGCGAGAGGCGAUACACGCCCUGCGUUGCAUCUUCUGGUGCC